UCAUCUAUCUUGAGUUACUUGAAAAGAUUGAGUCUUGGUUUUGUUGUUGUAUAAAUAGUUGUUGAGUUUCUUUAUUUUGGGAGGUAAUUGUUGGGGUUGUGGUACUUUUGAUCAUCUAUCUUGAUUUAUUGUAAAGAAGGUGAUGGAGUACAUGGUGAAGGUCAAAAAAUUGAGUCUUGGUUGUGUUAUUGCUGUAUGAAUCGUUGUUGAUUUUGGUUGGUAUUGUUUGUUGGUGUUGUGGUAAUUUUGAUCAUCUAUCUUGACAGGGUGAUUCAAGAUAGCAAAAGGAUGAGUUUUGGUUAUGUUGUUGUUGUAUGAGUAGUUAUGGAUUUUGUUGAUUUUGGUGAGUAAUUGUUUGUUGGGUUGUGGUAUUUUAUCUAUCUUGACUUAUAUGAAAAGACGGCGAUGGAUGACGUGAUGAAGAGCAAAAGAAUGAGUCUUGGUUUUGUUUGGUGAAGUUUGUUGAAGAAAGUGAUCAAAGCUCGGUUCUGUAAGCACCAAGAUUGAGUUUUUUGAAGUUUGUUUUAGUGUAUUGCGUAUAUAGGGCUUGGGGACAUUUCGUAGAAGUAAAGAUACAAUCUGUAUGUGUUAAAUUGUUUGGUAUUUCAGAUUCAUUUGUGGGUUGAUUAGUGGAUUGGUGGGUCUUUGUUGGUUUUUGGAGAAUUUUAGGAUGAGUCAGAUGGAGAAAGGCAUUGAAAAUUUGAUGUCUGCGAGAAAAUGUUUGAGGGCAAAUUUUGAAAAAUCAAAAGCUUUAGGUGUAUCUCUUGAAAAAGCUGGGCCUAGAUUCGAUGAGAUUAUUCAGAGAUUGCCAUCUUUGGAGGCAGCAAUAAGGCCAAUUAGGGCUCAGAAAGAUGCUCUUGGUGCUGUUGGGGGUCAUAUUAACCGUGCCGUGGUCCCUGCGACGGCAGUUCUAAAAGUGUUUGAUGCCAUUCAUGGACUCGAGAAAUCGUUGUCCGAUCCUCAGUCGGACCUCCCGGGGUACCUUGGUGUGCUCAAGAGGCUUGAAGAGGCAUUAAAUUUUUUAGGAGAGAACUGUGAGAUGGCAAUACAGUGGUUGGCAGAUAUUGUAGAGUACCUAGAGGACCAUGCAGUUGCUGAUGGCAGGUUUACUUCAAGUAUGAAGGAAGCAUUGACUUCUCUAAGGGAAUUGCACAGCGGGGAGGAAAAGGGUCGGCUCAAUGGAGGGCUUCUUGAGGUUGCGUUGGACAGAUUGGAAAGUGAAUUUCGACGGCUCUUGGUUGAAAAUACUAUUCCGCUGCCGAUGUCUGCUCCAGCCUUGCCAGGUGAACAAGCCUGCAUUGCGCCCUCCCCUUUGCCAGUGACUGUUAUUCAGAAGCUGCAGGCUAUACUUGGAAGAUUGAUUGCUAAUAACAGGCUUGAAAAAUGCAUAUCUAUUUAUGUCGAUGUUAGGAGUUCUAAUGUCCGGGCAAGUUUGCAGGCACUUAAUUUGGAUUAUCUAGAAAUCUCGGUAUCUGAGUUCAAUGAUGUGCAGAGCAUUGAGGGUCACAUUGCUCAGUGGGGAAAGCAUUUAGAAUUUGCUGUAAAGCAUCUGUUUGAAGCUGAAUAUAAACUUUGCAAUGACGUUUUUGAGAGAAUAGGGUUGGAUGUGUGGAUGAGCUGUUUCGCUAAGAUCGCGGCCCAAGCAGGCAUUCUUGCAUUCCUUCAAUUUGGAAAAACUGUUGCGGAGAGUAAGAAGGAUCCUAUCAAGCUGUUGAAGUUGUUAGACAUAUUUGCAUCUUUAAACAAGUUGAGAUUGGAUUUCAAUCGUCUCUUUGGUGGAGCUGCGUGUGUUGAAAUACAAAAUUUGACGAGGGAUUUAAUCAAGAGCGUGAUUGAAGGGGCUAGUGAGAUCUUUUGGGAACUUCUGGUUCAAGUUGAGUUGCAAAGGCAAAUGCCGCCUCCUCCUGAUGGCAGUGUCCCGAAACUUAUCAUUUUCAUCACCGAUUAUUGCAAUAAGUUGCUUGGGGACGAUUAUAAGUCUAUCCUUACCCAAGUUCUGAUUAUCGAAAGAAGUUGGAAGCAGGAAAAAUUUCAGGAGCGCCUGCUCAUUAAUGAGCUACUGAAUAUAAUGAGAGCUGUUGACGUGAAUUUAGAGACAUGGUCGAAGGCCUAUCAAGAUGUUAUUUUGUCAUAUGUGUUCUUGAUAAAUAAUCAUUGGCAUCUAUAUAAGCAUCUGAAAGGAACAAAACUUGGAGGUCUGCUUGGAGAUUCUCGGUUAAGAGAACAUGAACAGUACAAGGAGUACUAUUCCGCCUUUUUCUUGAAAGAGAGCUGGGGAAAGCUUCCCGCUCUGUUAAGCAGGGAAGGUCUUAUUCUGUUUUCUGGUGGGCGUGCAACAGCUCGAGAUCUUGUCAAGAAACGAUUAAAAGCUUUUAAUGAAGCAUUCGAUGAAAUGUAUAAGAAGCAGUCUAAUUGGGUGAUGCUCGACAAAGACCUACGGGAUAAGACGUACCAGUUAAUCAUUCAAGCAAUUGUGCCUGUUUACCGGAGUUACAUGCAGAACUAUGGGCCAUUGGUUGAACAAGAAGGAAGUAGCAAAUAUGUGAAAUACACGGCUCAAUCCUUGGAGAAAAUGUUGAACGGUCUGUUUCAUCCAAAACCUGUGAAACAUGGUAGUUUCAAAGUCCGACAUCCUAGUGGAAAAUUCAGCAAUGUUAUUACAGAUCAGAAUCAGACGCCACCUACUAUUAAGUCAUAGUUAGACUGUUACUGUUCUUGAUGGCCAUCUGUCUGUUCUUGAUGGCGAUCUGUCACUAUGUGUAUAGUAACUUUCCGAAGGAUUCAUUCACUUCCAUUAGCCAGAUUUGCAAGCAUAAAGAAGCUUUCGGUUGAGCCCUCAUGGCGUCUAUGGACACACUGGGAUGCAAUUUGUCCCGCAUACUUGUUGAUUUGUUCAGCGACGAGCCUAAAUUGU